AAUCAGAACAAAUAAAAAAUGAGUGAGCUCUCACUUCAACGUCUCUUUCGUUAUAACCUUAUUAUCUACUUGAACCUCCAGAUCCUUUGGAUACGAGGAGCUUAUAUGGAUCGAGAAUUACCGGCGAACGAAGUGUCUUCUCUCAUAACCAUCACACGCCAGUUCAAGUCAAAAGUCUCGUUUCCCAGUUUUACUAGUUCGUAUUGCCAAAAUCAAGUAUCCAAUUACGGCGUUAAAAUCAAGUGUGCUGACUCAUGUAAUAAUGCUGGCACGAACGGGGCGUGCUACAUCGAGGAAAUAGUCUUGAGUACAAUGGGGCUAAGUGGAACUAUAGAUGCAGCAAUUGCCGAUCUUCAAAAUCUGAGGACACUCAUUCUGUCCAAUAACAAACUUCAAGGCCCAAUACCUGCUAGCUUGGGGAACUUGUUCUAUCUCAACACCCUGUAUCUUCACCAUAAUUUUCUGGAAGGCAGUAUACCGUCAUCUCUGAGUCAAAUGACAUUGCUACAAGAUUUGUUUCUAAACUUCAACAUGCUAUCAGGAUCAAUUCCCGAGGAAUUGGGAUACCUCUACAAACUUCAGCGUCUGAAUUUAGCUGAAAAUAGUCUGACUGGUAGUCUUCCUGAUACACUUGGAAAUUUGCGCAAUCUUAUAUCCUUCUGGGUUGAGUCCAAUUAUCUCUCCGGGGAAUUGCCACAUACUUUCUCUAACUUCAGUUGGAUUCGCUGGUUUGUAGUUUCUGGGAAUGAGUUUUCCGGUUCCUUACCCCUCUACGUGAAGAGCUGGACUAGAAUUGAAACUCUUGCGUUCCAAGGAAAUAAUUUUCAAGGGCGUUUACCGGAAGGAUAUUUCACUUUGUCGAAUCUUCAGGAACUGUUUGUAAGUGACCUAAAUACUUCUCCGUUCGAACUGCCACCGACUUCAGAGUUUACAAAAAUCUAUUCCUUGGUACUGAGGAGCUGCUCGAUCAUCGGUUCAAUUCCCAAGUACAUUGGUGAACUUUCUUCACUAAAAUACCUAGACUUGAGCUUCAACAGCCUCACAAGUGGAAUCCCAGAGACUAUGAGAUCAAAUUUAAUUUACAUGUCUCUUGCAAGAAAUAACCUUAACGGAACCAUUCCUAAUUGGAUAUUUCAAGCACGCCAUACUAGACUGGAUCUUUCAUACAAUAACUUCUCAGAAUUGAAAUCACCAGUACCAUCCGGCUUAGAUCUGAACUUGUUUGCCUGUUGCUGCUGCGAGACCUCCUCAACCACUGAACCAUAUAUGCUUCAACCCGAUCAAAUGAGGAAAGCCUAUAAUCCUGGGAGACCCAAGUUCUACUCCUUGUUCAUAAAUUCUGGUGGUGGGCAAACAAACUUCAAUGGGAAACGCUACGAUGCAGAUAAUGAAACGUCACAAAAUUUUUAUGUAAGUCCAUUGCAGAACUGGGCUUGUAGUUUUUCUGGAGACUUCUAUGAGGUGACUGUAAAUUCUAGUGAUUACACCAAGAGAGUGCCCUGCAAAAUUUCCAACUCUGACACAUCCUUGUACGAAGAAGCUCGUCUCUCCCCCGUCUCUCUAACCUAUCACGGGUUUAGUUUACGCAAAGGCCGUUACAAUGUGACGCUCCAUUUUGCUGAAAUUGUAUACACAGACGACUCAGACUAUAACGGUCUAAAGAAACGUCGGUUUGAUGUAUACAUUCAGGGUAAGAGAGAACUUAAGGAUCUCAACAUUAGAGAAAAGGCAGGGGCUCCAAAUAUCGCAGUUACCAUGAAUUUCACAACUGAUGUAAACGACAGUCUAUUGACUAUCCAUUUGUUCUGGGCUGGAAAGGGCUCUUUUGCCAAUGCACCUGCUUUUAAUGGACCCCUCAUAUCAGCUAUUUCCGUCAAUCCUCUGUUCGACGUGAGCAGUGAAAAACUAUCUCCCUGGUAUAUAGCACUGAUUUCGGUAGCCUCAUUGGUAAUCGCUCUGCUGCUCGUAUUGGCUUUUGCCUGGUCAAUGGGUUGGCUGGAAGACAAAGAGUUACGAGAACCAAUAAAAAUAGGACAAGAAAUUCCAGAGAAAGACAUGAAAUCGAAACCAAAAGGAGAAGAUAAUGACAUCAAGGUCCCCCUCAAAGUAUUAAUAAAUGCUACUGGAAAAUUUAGUGAUGCAGAGGACUAUAAGCUUGGAAGCGGGAAUUUGGGGACAGUUUAUAAGGCAGAAGUGAAGGAUCGUAAGAUCACUGUGGCUGUGAAAAGACUUUUUGCCCAUCAUAAGGGAAAAAUCAGUGAUUCGAUCAAACAGGACAUUAUUUUCCUCGAGUCGUUGGAACAUGAAAACCUUAUUAAAUUGUGGGAUAUUCACGUAGGAAAACGCCAACAAUUGCUUGUUUACGAGUACAUGGAAAAGAAGUCCCUUGAAAGCGUCUUGUUUGAUCCUGAUAUAUUGGAACUUUCUUGGAAAACUAGACAAGACAUUUGCCUGGGAAUAGCAAAGGGUCUGGCGUUUCUGCACACGCAUCCAAGAUUUCAGAUAGUUCAUGGCAAUAUUAAGACCUCCAAUAUUCUUCUCGAUGGAGACUUCAAGCCCAAGCUAUCAGACUUUGGAUUGGCAAAAGUCUAUACUGACGAAGAUCAACCAAUUAUCCUAAAAAAAGAAGCUCCCAAUGGAUAUCUUGCUCAUGAAUAUCUUCAAGCUAGUAAUCCAACAAAAGAAACUGAUAUCUUCAGUUUUGGGGUUGUCCUGCUUGAAAUUGUUUGUGGGUUGAAAAAUAAAGUGGCCAUACCAGGCAAAGAGUCGAGAUAUCUUUUGAACGAGGCUCAUGCAUGCACUAAAUUUGGAAAUAAAAGAGGGCUGGAGAAAUUGAUUGAUGUCAGAUUAGAAAAUAAUAUGAAUGCCGAUGAGAUCAAUCAAGCCGUCGACGUCUUAAAUUUAGCAGUGAUGUGCACCGACAUAUCCCCAAGUUGCAGGCCCAACGUAUCUCGCAUUUUGAGUGUUCUUACUGGCAAGGAAACCAUUGAUCAGAUACGUCAGUCUAUGGAUGCACAAAAUAAGAAAGAUACAGAAGUUGCUGAUAAAACUGACGUCUCCAAGUCCAAGGAAACGACCUCAAGUUCAUCGACUUCAACUGAUAUAAUAGAAUACGAUCAGACCAAAUAAAAGGCACACGUUUUCAUCAGAUAUAUAUGUGGAUCCGGUUAUCAGAUAGCUGCCAAAAUAUAUAUUAUCGAGCAAGUGACAAUCCUAGCAUCAUGAUGUGUAUAUUGUGAGCUUGCAUGUAUAUAUACGCUUGAACUU